UCAUUCAUCAACUUUAAUUUAGGAGCGUAAAAACAAUGAGAGCAAGAAGCUGCAAGAACGCUCUUUUAAUCUUAAUCUUUCUUGCUGUUGUAUCUUCAACCUACGCAUGCAAGAAGAAGAGAUACCAUGCAAAACCAUGCAAGGAAUUAACCUUAUACUUCCACGACAUUCUUUACGAUGGCAAGAAUACUGCUAAUGCUACUUCUGCUCUUGUGACAGCACCACAAGGUUCUAACCUCACCACAUUAGCAUUCCCAUUCCAUUUUGGUAACAUGGUAGUGUUUGAUGACCCCAUUACCAAAGACAACGACCUUCAGUCACCGCCAGUUGGUAGGGCACAAGGCAUGUAUCUCUACGAUACUAAGAACACCGUUAGUGCGUUGCUAGCUUUUUCUUUUUCCCUGAAUACCACACAUCAUCACGGCACCAUAAGUUUCCUUGGAACCAAUCCGAUUAUGGAGAGGACUAGGGAUAUUUCUGUGGUGGGUGGUACCGGAGAUUUUUUCAUGCAUCGAGGAGUUGCUACUGUUAUGACUGAUGCAUUUGAAGGCGAAGUGUACUUUAGACUACGAGUGGAUAUCAAAUUCUACGAGUGUUGGUAAAAUCAUGCGUCUUUGAUUGUAAUGACAAAGUAUGUAAUAUCAGUUUAAUACAAUUUCAGCCUAUGGGU